CCGUCUCAGCUACUUUCCUCACUAUAAGAGAACACCACACAAACCCCCAAAACCAUGCCCGUCUCUCACUACACACUCACCUACUCUCACACCAAGCCUAAAGCAUCGACGUAGCACCAGGGGAGCCACGAUGGGUGCUAUAAAGGAGAGGGCCCAUAUUCUAUUGGUCACCUUCCCAGCACAAGGCCAUGUCAAGCCAGCCAUCCGCUUAGCCCGACGUCUCGCCUCCGACAACCGCCUCCGUGUGAGCUUUGCCACCAAUGAGGCCAUCGGCAAACAGUUGCACGACGCCGGCACCACCACCACUAGUGGCACUGAUGCGCACGUGGAAUUCCUGACAUUCUUUGAUGGCCUUGCAGUCGAUGAAGACCGCCGAGACCUCGACUGGUUCAUGGCCCACCUGAACCGCGCUGGCCCCAACGGGCUUGCCGCCCUAAUCAGCGACCUCGAGGCCCGUGGGCGGCGCGUGCAUUGUGUUGUGAGCAAUCCCUUUGUCCCAUGGGUAGUGGAUGUGGCUGAGGGCUUCAGCAUCCCGUGCGCAUUGCUUUGGGUGCAGUCCUGCGCCAUCUAUGCCCUCUAUUACCGAAGCGUCUACAGGCUUAGUGAGUUUCCGACGCCUGAGAAACCAGACAUAGACAUUAGCCUCCCGGGGCUCCCCGUGCUCCAAGCAAGCGAGCUCCCCAGCUUCCUUUUGCCCUCUGCUGCCCAUCGUUGUCUUGCGGAUGUAAUAUUGAGCCACAUCAAGAAGAUCAAGAAGGUCAAGUGGGUGCUGGGAAACUCGUUCUAUGCACUCGAGACUGAAGCCAUUCAGUUGAUGGAGGAGCUUGCCCCGAUCAGGCCCAUCGGCCCACUCGUGCCCUCGGAGCUGCUCGGCCAGUCGACAGACACCGAAGUGCGGGGUGAUCUAUGGAAACCUGCACACGACUGCCUUGAUUGGCUCAGCACUCAGCCCCAAGGGUCAGUUAUCUACGUUGCCUUUGGGAGCGUCGUGACCCUGUCGACAAAGCAAAUCGAGGAGUUGGCAUGGGGGCUCUCGAGCAGUGGCCGGCCCUUCCUCUGGGCAGCAAAGCCUGUUGACAGCACGUCAGAGUUCCAGCUGCCUGACGGAUUCUUGAAGGUCAUCGUCGGACGAGGAAAAUUGGUGAAAUGGUGCCCGCAGGUGGAGGUGCUGACACACCCAUCCGUCGCUUGCUUCGUGACUCACUGCGGCUGGAACUCAACACUCGAGACCAUCGCAGCAGGCACCCCCGUCAUCGCACUUCCACACUGGGGCGACCAAGUCACGAACGCGAAGUUCUUGGUCGACAUCUACGGCGUCGGGGUUCGGCUCAAACGCGGCAGCGAAGGCUUUGUUCGAAGAGAGGAGGUUUGCAGGUGCAUGGAUGAGAUAAUGGAGGGGCCUAGUGCGUUGAGGAUUCGAGACAAUGCCAUAAAAUUGAAGGAGGCAGCUAGAGAUGCUUGGGAGACUGGAGGGUCCUCUGAUAAAAACCUCAAGGCUUUUGUGGAGGAGGUCAUCUCUCUCGGUCGUCAGGAGGAGGUGAUAGAGGCUCGCUUGCCUUCACUCAACCUAAAGGACCAUGCUCUCACAGAAUGAAGAGCUCCGUCCUUUAUUAAGAUAUUCUCUACGUUUUUCGUUGCCUCCUCCAUUUGUUAGUGUAAUGUUGUCCCUAUUAUGAUAAUAUUCCCUGAGUUUUUUGGUUUGGUUACUUUAGCUUUAUUAGUGUAAUAAAACAUUUAUGAUUCAAAUCCCCGAUUGGGAUGGAAA